CGCACCGGUAGAGAGGGCCCGGCACCGUCGGGUCUGAAAUCGGUACGGCGUUCAUUGCUCCGCGACCGGUCGCGCGCGAUUCACCGUUCUCGUCCGUACGGCAGUCCGUCCGUCCGUCCUCGUCGCUCAACGCCACCCCCGGUCGUAGUUUGGCGCGUCGUCCAAGGAGAGAAACAACAGCAAUCGUGCCGGGUCCGUUUUCUCCGCCGGUGUCCUGUGCGCUAACCCUGCAGGGCGAAACGGAGAUAAGCGACACGCCGCCCGGAUCCGCAGCGUCCACACGGCCACGGGAACGACGGGCGCCGCGUUCCACCAGAUUGGUGCACAUCGCACAACUCGUAGAUUUGCAGUGUUCAGAGAAUCCAAACGAUAAGAUAAGCACUAGUGUAAUUGUUUGUUUAACGCAAUCUGAAAGAUGACUUAUGACGAUCUUUUGUACAAAAUUGGUGACUUCGGAACCUAUCAGAGAAGAAUCUAUUUCCUUCUGUGUUUGCCCGCGAUAUCAUGCGCUCUACAUAAGCUCGCCGGCGUUGUCAUCCUCAAUAAACCCAAUCACAGGUGUCAACUACCGGGCGAACCGGACAAUGCGUCCUAUCAUUUGCCGUACGAAAUUAUGAACAUGUCGUAUCCCUACGACAGCAGAACGGGUAGUUUCUCCGCUUGUACUGUGUACGAUACGAAUUUCACGGACACGUAUUAUAAAUCUAAUACGCCGGCUGAGCGGAUCAGAUAUUGUAACAAAUGGAUAUACGACAAGUCGGAAUUCCAAAACACCGUUGUUACAGAUUUCGAUCUGGUGUGCGGAAAAGCUUGGUACAAGGGUACCUCGGACUCUAUGCUGAUGUUCGGUGUCAUGUUGGGGUCUAUUAUUUUUGGGUACUUGUCGGACAGGAUCGGAAGAAAAAAUAUUUUUACCAUAUCUGUUUGGCUACAGGGAGUCUCUGGUUUCGGUAUGGCAUUUGCUCAAGAAUAUUGGAGCUUUACAUUUUUGAGGGUGCUGGUAGGAGCAUCUACAUCAGGACUAUAUCUAGCAGCUUAUGUAAUUGGUUUAGAAUUCGUAAGUCCAAGUUAUCGGAUGGUUGUCGGUGUAGUCAUACAAAUGUUUUUUUCCGUUGGUUUCUUUUUGACAUCCGCAUUUGGGGUAGUCUUUACCAAUUGGAGAUACUUCCAGUUGGCCAUAACUGCUCCCUUUUUAUGUUACACGACUUAUUAUUGGUUUAUGCCUGAAUCGAUUCGAUGGUUAUUAACUAACGGAAAACAAGAAAAAGCAGUGGAAAUUAUACAGAAAGUAUGUCGUGUGAACGGUGUGGAUAUGUCAAGCAAAGACAUAAUAGAAAUAUUGGACAACGAUUUUGAAGACAAACCUGUCGUUCAAAACGAUAACUUGCCCAAAGCUUCAUUUUUCGAUCUAUUCAAACACCCAGUGAUUUUGAAGAGAUCCAUCAUCAUAAUGUUUUUAUGGUUUGUCAACAGUACUGCUUACUAUGGUUUGUCCUGGAGUACUUCCAGUUUAGGUGGAAAUCAUUUUUUGGUGUUCAACUUAAUUGGGUUAGUCGAGUUCCCAGCUUAUAUAUUUUUGUUACUGACCAUGAACCGAUGGGGCAGGAAGAUAAAUAUAUCUGGAUUCCUUAUUUUAGCCGGAUUAGCACUUUUAGCAACGCUAGUCAUAUCCAAAAGUAACACGUGGUUAGUUAUCUCCUGUGCGCUAGUUGCCAAAAUGUCCAUAACUGCAUCGUACGGUGCAGUGUACGUCUACACCGCGGAACAGUUUCCGACCGUUGUGCGGAAUAUGGGCUUGGGCGUAGGAUCAUUUUUCGCCAGGAUUGGCGGGAUCGUAGCUCCAUACAUCAAUAAUACGAGUGAAAUUUGGAUUAGCAUGCCGUUGAUCGUCUACGGCAGUCUGGCGUUGACGAUCGGAGUGUUGUCGCUUGUGUUACCUGAGACGUUAAACAAAAAAAUGCCUGAUACUAUCGAAGAUCUCAUUGUUACGUCUGGAAAGAAAUACGAACAAGUGCAUAUAAACGAUUUGGAAAAAAAUGGUGAUGCAAGCAAGGAUAUUAAUGAUAAGUUAUAGUAUUAUCAGUAUUAAGUAUUUUUACACUUUGUCUAAUGGUUUGUUAUUGUUUUGAUUGCUAUUUUUUUUUAUGACUAUUUAUUACUAUUGGAAAAUUAAAUGAGUUGUAUGUGCCUAUUUUUACUAUCCAUAUUAAUUAUAACACACUUUAGUUAAUACAAAAUAGAAUUUUAGAGAUUACUUUUCAGUGGCUAUUAAAAUUUUUAUUUAUUUAAAAUAGUAGUUAAAAUAAUGUCUGUUUAGCUGGUUAUUAAAUGAUUAUAUGAUCAUAUUAUUUACUGUCAGAAAGAUUGAUUCAAAGCAUAUGUAUUAAUAGUUUUGUCAUCGUAAACUAAUCUAUUGUCAUGCUCAUUUUAAUCCAAACAUCUAAAUUAUAUAUAGUUCGUGCACGAGUUGUGCAAAAACUACAAUACAUUUUUA